AUGAAGAAAGGCGCACCCGAUCGGGAAUCCCUUCCGGGUGGUGCCUCAGCUGCCCUGUCCCUCGGCAAGGGCCCAGGGGGUCAUGAUCGUGGUCCCAGGUUACUCGCUCGCUUAGGCGAGUGCCCCAUGCGGGCGCUGCCUGCUUCGAGCGUCGGAUGCAACCCGACAGUGUGCAGGGACAUUAUGUGGCGCCGAAGGCAGCCGAGCAUCGGCACAUGCUGCCGGCGCGGCGGGCUCCGGACAAGCGCCUGGCAAGAGAUGAAACAGGCAGCCGCCCUCGCACUGCCGCCGCAGAAGUGGCGGCAGGAGGAGGAGGAGGAGGAGGCAGAGGAGACGGAGGAGGAGGAGGAAGAGACGGAAAGGAGAUGA